CACAAGACUAGGGGACGCCUGCAAAUGGCAACAAUUGACCGCUCAGACAUGAGAUCUCCAGGGCAUGGCACUGGUUUCCGUCGCGAUUCAACGCCACGUUCGAAGGUCAUCUCCCUUGCUACCUAGGAUUUCAGCCGCACGCCCAAGGAUUUUUUUUGUAGAAUGUGAAAUCCAGAUGACAGGGACAGGCGGCCGAGUGGCUUGUUUGCAGGUACAAGCUACCCAAUGAAGACGAUACAUAGUCGAUUGCAAUGCCAUGAGAUUCAGCCUCCUGGCUUUUAGGACCUCUUAUCUAGAUAUCGUCUCUGCUCUUCCCUCCCAAAGGUAAUUGUAUUUCGCCGCAGCGGGAUUCUUGCAUCAACCCUCAAGAGAUCGUGACGUGCACCAUGGAGGAGAUCCAAGUCACCAAGUCUUCAGCAGAGGCCGUGGGAGCUGAAAGAGAAAACAGUUCCUCGAUCCAUGACUCGGAGAAGGGAACGGUUGACUACCUGGGACUGGAGAACACAUCGAUCCACAGCUAUUCGUGGUCCCAUGUCGACGUCGAAGUAAAAGAUCGCAAGACCAAAGAGCCACUCAAGCUGCUCGAAAACGUCAGCGGAUAUGUCGCAGCGGGCGAGAUGAUGGCCAUCAUGGGCCCUUCCGGAUCGGGGAAAACGACUCUUUUGAACGUCCUGGCUCACCGUGAGGCGACGGCGAACGCGGUCGUUUCCAAGAAGCUCUACAUCAACGGUGCGGAACCCAAGCUAGACACUUUCCGCAAGAUUUCGGCCUACGUCGAGCAGGAGGAAGCCUUGCUCGGUGCCCUGACUGUGAAGGAGACCAUCGACUUCGCUGCUCGCUUGUCCAUCCCGCGCACGGUGACGAAGACGGAUCGUAUCGCCAAGGUCAAGGCCCUGAUCAAGUCCUUUGGUCUGACGGGGCAGACUGACACCAUCAUCGGCACGCCGGUCCAAAAAGGUCUUUCCGGCGGUCAGAAGAAGCGCGUCGGAAUCGCGACGCAGCUCGUCACGAGCCCGAAGCUCCUCUUCCUGGACGAGCCGACCAGUGGUCUCGACGCCACUGCUGGAUACGAGGUGAUGUCCUUUGUUAAAUCGCUUGCCAAGAAAUACAACCUCAUCGUCAUCGCAAGCAUUCACCAGCCCAGCACAGCCAUCUUCGAGCUCUUCGACAAGCUUCUUCUGCUGUCGCGAGGCAGGACCACGUAUAACGGCCCCGUCGGCUCCAUACAGGAGUACUUUGCCUCGAUCGGCCACGAGAUGCCGCAUUACAUCAACCCGGCCGAGUUCUUGCUCUCGCUCGUCAAUACUGACUUCGCCAAGGACACUGAGAUUGCCGAGAAGCGCCUGCUCGAGAUCCAGACCGCCUGGGAAGCGGCGCCGCUCGCGGCCCGCGUCAACAGCAAGAUCGAGAAGCACAUCGGCACCAUGGACUACGCGGAGGAUGCGCACGUGGGGCCGAACCCGAUCACGAUCCCUCUGACGCUCAUCCACCGCAAUCUCAUCAAGAGCUACCGCGAUGUGAUCGCCUACACCAUCCGCAUCGUCAUGUAUCUAGCCCUUGGCAUCAUGAUGGGCACCGUGUGGCUUCGCCUCUCGCCGGAGCAGCAGCACAUCCAGUCGUGGAUCAACGCCAUCUUCUUCGGCGGCGCGUUCAUGUCCUUCAUGGCCGUGGCUUACAUCCCGGCCUUCAUCGAGGAUCUUCACGCCUUUCGCAAGGAGCGCCUUAACGGCCUGUACGGCCCCACCUCCUUCAUGAUCGCCAACUUCAUCACCGGCGCGCCCUACCUGUUUCUCAUGAGCAUGCUCUUCUCCGUCGUCGCCUACUUCCUCAGCAACUUCCACAUGGACGGCACCUCCUUCAUGCGCUGGGUGCUGUUCCUUUUCCUGGACCUCAUGGCCGCCGAGGGCCUCGUCGUGCUCGUCAGCAGCAUCGCGCCCAUCUUCGUCGUCGCGCUCGCCGUCACCGCGUUCGCAAACGGCCUGUGGAUGUGCGUCAACGGAUUCAUGGUCCAGGUCCAGACCAUCAACGUCUUCUACCGCUACGUCUUCCACUACAUCGACUACCAGGCCUACGUCUUCCAGCUCAUGAUGGUCAACGAGUUCCAGCACCGCACGUACAAGUGCCAGAAGCUCGCCAACGGCGACAACUACUGCAUGUACCCGCCCACCACCUCGGGCGGCGACGAGAUCGCCGGCAUCGAAGUGCUCAAUGCGUUCGGUUACCCAACAGGCAGGAUCGGCAAGUGGAUAGGACUUCUUUGCGUCAUCGUCGUUGGAUAUCGAAUCCUCGGCCUCGUCGUCCUAUGGUUGAAGCGUCAUUGAGCGUCAUCGAAGAUGGAAAAAAAAUUUGCAGUGUAAUCUCUCUUGACAAAUCGUUGCAAUCACUUCUGUCUGGCGGCUUGCACGGAGUUUUGUCAGUUGCUAAAUCUACAAAGGCUCGACGCAUGAGUCUUGGUUGAUUCUGCUUGUUGUGAUAUCCUUUUCUUUGGAUUAGAUGUUAAAGGCCAUGGUAGGUGAAUUUGGAGGACGGAUGAUGAUCUUGCCCUGAUAUUGUAAAGCAGAACUUAAUAAUAAGAAGAAUCCGAG